GUUCGCAUGCGUAUCCCGUAUUCCCGUAUUUUGUUUCGCGGUUUCAAUAAACACAUACAUGUACAGCCGAUGUGACUUGUUGCAUUGUUUUAUUUUGCAUUCCGUUCAAUUAUGAUUCGAUCUGUGCCGAUUUUUACUGUAAAGAGCCGUCUGAAAUGAAACUAAUUGUUUUGCUCUUUGUUUGCAAUUGUUAGCAUAAUUACAGUGCUUUGAUUUGACUUGAUAAAAUGGCUUCUACUGAGAUAAAUGAAUUUUUGUGUGGACCAUUAGUAACGUGGUUUAUUAGUUGUUUGGAAGAUCCAAACGCACUAACAAACUAUGAUGAUCUAAUUGAUGGUGUAUUGCUACAUAACGUUUUUCUCCAAAUUGACCCUGAACCUCUGCAUGAUGGAGUCAUACCAACGGGUGGAGAUUUCAGAGUACGGAUAAAGAAUUUAGAGAUAAUUAUUGACAAUAUUAAACAAUUUUAUGAAGAACAAUUGGGCCACCUAUUACUCACAAUACCAAACAUAAUAAAAUUAGGAAGGGAUCCAGAGCGUAAUGUUGCUGAAGCCAAGUUAUUGUUGCUAUUACUCUUAGGAUGUGCUGUACAGUGUUCGAACAAAGAAGAUUUUAUCACAAGGAUUAAAUUAUUAAAUGUUGAUACACAACUUGCAAUAGUUGACUGUAUAAAGCAAGUUACCGACUACCAAGACAUUGUUGUGACUCAAGAAUCCAUGGAGAACGUAAAUAUGGGCAAUGUUUUUGCAAAAGUUAAGAAGAUUAUACAAGAGAGAAAUAUGUAUCGGCCUAAAUUGAGGUAUAAUGCUAGCAGUAACAGCGAAAGUGUUGGAAAUCUUAUCAAUGAUAGUAAUAUGGAUGAUACACAUGAAGAUUUGGAUAUAUCACAAGGUGUUUCCAAUACAGAUAGAGGAAAUUUGUCGAUGCCAAAAAAGAAUAAUUCUUCCAUGACAAACAAGCUGGAAAGGUUGUUUAGCCCCAACAGUAGUGGCAAAGAAAGUAACUUCAGUAGAGAAGAAGUUCAUCGUUAUGCUGUUGAACUGGCAGAUUGGAAAUCAAAGGUAAGAAAACAGAGACAAGAACUAGAAGAAAAGACAGAAGCAUUAGUUGAAAUCAAAGAGGAGUUGGAUCACAAUAAGGCAUUACUUCAAAAACUUCGAGAAGAGAAUCAAGAACUGUUGAUAGAAGCUCGCACUGCAAAAACAUACAGAGACGACCUAGACGCCGCGCAAGAGAAAGCAGAAAGAGCAGAUCGCUUGGAAGCUGAAGUAGCGCGUUACCGAGAAAAGCUCACGGACAUUGAGUACUAUAAAAGCCGAAUAGAAGAAUUACGCGAGGACAAUAGAGUACUCAUCGAAACGCGAGAGAUGCUGGAAGAACAAUUGAACUCGUCGCGAAAACGAUCUGAAAAAGUACUGGAACUCGAGUCCGAAAUCAUCAAGUACGAGCAAUUACUAAACGACAUGGCACUCGAAAGCGUAGCGAACAAAGACAAGUACCAGGAGAUUUGUGAGGAAAACGCACAGCUACAGCGUUUAAUUAAGAGCGUGGCAAGCGAAGUAGCAAGUGGAGCAUUGCCAUCUAUAGCAAGAACAGCAAGCGAUUCUGAAGCUGAACACGGUGAUGCUUCAACGGACAAUCGAUUGUCCGAGCAGCUGUCUAACAACGCACAAGCUCGAGCCUUGAAACUCGAGUUGGAAAAUCGUCGUCUUACCAGUCUCAUUGACUCGCUAAAAGAAAAAUCUUUCCACGAAAGCUCUUCCAGGGUGCUCGAGUUGGAGAAAGAGAAGAAAAAAUUAUCGCUGAAGGUCGAGUCGUUGAACGACAACAGCGAACGACUCACGCAGCAAAACAAGGAUCUCGAACUCGUUUGCAAGCAGACUCUCGAGGAAAAUAAGAAGCUCCAAGCGGUUCUUUCGUCUCAGCGAAGCAAUCUUGACAAGCAGCAGCAAGAGAUUCAAACAUUGCAUACGAAGCUUGCCGAGGUCGAGAAAAACUACGAGUCUUCCAUAGCCAAGGAACGUCAACGUCUUCAAACUUUGCUCGAGAGUGCAGAGAAACGUGCCGAAGACGCUGAAAGAACAAUUGCCAGCAAGGAGCGUGAAGUGAACGAGCUGAAACUUACGCAGGACAUGUCAAGUCGCGAGGUGAAGGAACGCCAAGAAGAAUUGGAAUCUAAGGUCGCUAGUCUUGAGAAAGACAAAGAAGUAACUCAUCGAGAGGUGCAGAGACUCCGCGAACUCCUCGAACAGAGAGAGGUCGCGCUAGAUGAAGCAGCAAACGAGAUUGAGAUGCUAGAAAAGAAGGUUGACGACUUCGAGCAAGAGAUUGGCAAUUCAGCGGCUCAAAUCUCGCGACUGCGCGAGGUCGAGAGAUCCAGCAAAGAAUUAGACUCCCGUGCUGCCAUCGACAGAGAAGCUCUGGAGAGUCUGCAGUCCAACCUUGUUGCGGAGAAGCUCAACGUCCAGCAGGUGCAUGCGACUCUGGAAAAACUUGGUCUCGACGUCGACACCAUCGUCUCCCUGCCUGUGGAAACAGUGCUCGACCGAAUUGCCGAGAUGCCAGAAGUUAUCAAUCGCGUCAUUCAAAGGUCCAGCAGUAAUACGGGUAAUAAAGAGAACGCGAGAAAAUCACUGGUCCAGUCGGAAGACCAGGAGAGUUUGCAACAGAAAGUAAACGUACUUGAGACUGCGGCUGAAAUUCUACUGUCAGAGAAGGCAACGCUGCAAGUUCACGUCACGAGGUUGGAAUCUCAAAGUGCUUCGUUGAGCUCGCAGCAAGCAGCUUUGCAACAAGCCAACUCGCAACUUGAGUCGGAUAUGGACCAAUUAGCGAACAAGUAUUCAAUUCUUGAGCGAGAUCACGAAUAUUUGAAUCGUGAUCAAAAACGACUCCAGUCGCUGCACGAACAACUCAACACGGAAUAUGAAUCGUUAUCGUGCGAGAAGGAGACGUUGAAGACCAACUUGCGUGAUUCGAAAAACGAGGCGCGAUUGCUAAAGGAAUCCGUGGAAAGACUCGAAGCUAAGUGCAUGUUAUUGCAAGCCGAGAAUGAUGCCUUGCUCGCCAAUGCCAAAAGUCUAAGUAAUCUUCGUAGCGAACACUCGAAACUAAAGGAGGACUUCAGGAAUCUCUAUACUAAUUUGGAAAUUUUGAGAGCGCAAUACAAGAGGUUACAGGAGGACUACCGUAAAACCAAAGUCGAAAAUAACAGCAUGACUCUCAAGCAGACGGAGGUACAAGGUGAAUUGAGUGCCAAAGUUGAUCGACUUGCUAUUCUCGAGUUGGAAAAUGAAAAACUGUCUCAACGAUGCACGAUGCUGCUACAAGUGAAUACCAGCCUAGAUAACGAUCGCCGAUCCUUGAUGGAUCACAUAUCAAAGUUGUUUGGCCAAUACCACGAGUUGUUAACGCAUUCGUUGGAGGACAAGGAGCACUACCAUAUGGAGGAAAAGAUUUACACUGACAAGGUGAAUCAUUUGCACAGGCAAAAGGAGAAACUCGAGGAAAAAAUUAUGGAGUAUUAUCGUCAACUCGAGAGCUGUACCACAAAGAAGAAGAGUCUAGGUGCCAGUCUUGUGAGCCGUGUACGAAAAGCAAGCUCUGGCUUGUUCAACCGUACUAGUCGACGAUCUUCCUGGAGUGCUAACAAUACGGCGAUGUCCGAUGAGAAUUGUCUUAAGUCUUCGUUCGCCAGCGAGGACAAAUUUAACGAUGGAGACGACGAGGAUAAUGUUUGCGAGUUGGACGAGGAGACAGCCAGACAUCACGAGUCUAAUUCCAGUGGUGACGAUUCGCAUAUCAUCGAUACAAGCGACGUUCUUCGACCUGACGAUCCAUUGUCUUUGGCACAUCCUGGUACCAGACGAACAGUUUACUAUACGGAUGACAUCUCGCCGUCCUUAACUAGAACGACGAGUCAGGAGAAACGAUCGGAUCUCGAUGACUCGUCACUCUAUCAUCAGCAACAGCAGCGCCACAACGAACAAAGUUACAGUGAGCCGCGACCUUUGCUUAUCUACAAUAAAGUCUCGGCGGUAAUCAAUGACUCGACAACCACCACUGCCAGCACUACGCCCAAGAGCGAGACCAAGGAUUUCGAUGGGUCCAACGACAAAGAGCGGAAGCCUACCAAAAAGCCCGUGUGGUAUGAGUACGGCUGCGUUUGAGCUUCCAAGUAUUAUAUAUAUAUAUAUAUAUUUUAUUCGCGUUCGUAGAUUUGUUUCCUCAUAAGCUGCUUUUGCACAUUCAUCGGUAAUAAUAUCCAUUGAAUCGAAGUCAUCGAACAUGAGAGUAUUUUCUAGUGUUUGCGCAAUUGUUUUCUUCUAUGAUCCUCGCAGGGAAGCAGUGCUUUUUUUAUAUAUAAUAUCGUAUUGUCGUACAAAAAGCAGAAAAAGAGGUAUAUUUAAAACAAACAGAAAGCAUCUAGGCGUGUAGUCAGCCGUUCCUAGACUUUAAUGAUAAUAAUAAUUGUAAUGAACGAGACUUUAACUUUUUUACUACUUUUUACAAUUUGAUAGAUGACUCAGCAGAUCAGAGUAAAACAAGUAGCCUAUAUUUUUUAGCCUGUUGUAACUUUUAUACAUAUAUUAGCGGAGAAAUCUUUUUUUUAGUGAGAGAGUGUUAGUCUUUGAAAAAAUUUGCAUUUUUAUAUGAUGAGCUUUAUUGACCACGUUAGUGUCUCUUCCGCGGAGAUAUUCAUUGUACGCUUUUGUUGUAAAGCUAGCUGGUAUUUAAAAAUGCGGCCUUAUUAUUAUUCAUCAUCGCGGAACAAAAUAGCGUUUAUAUUGUAACAGGCGAUCGCAACGAUAAGAAUAGCAUAUCUGCGUGCAAGGCGAUCAUGCGCGCCGGGCGUAGCGAGGGCGAGAAGUAAAGGAGAUCCUGUGGAAGGAGGGCUCGACACGCACUUCUCUUGUAGCCCUCUUUCAAUUUAAUUUGCGAGAAGACUCUCGUGCUCCGCUUUCAUUCUUCGCUGUUGACAACGACAACGAUCCGAGGGCUCUUACGCAAGCUCUGCCUUUGGCCAACAGGCCAGACUUCAGGUUUAUGCUCAGAGUUUAAACUUGCUGCCUCGGAUAGGGCGCUUCCCACUGCAUCUAACGAUCUAACGACUUCCGAGGCGCGAACGCAGCACAGCGUUGCGGCUUCUCCUACAUUACUAAUUCAACGGCUCGCAACUGCGUUAUGUCUCACAACCCUCAUCAUUACACCCCUCACAUUUAACGUUACAAUGCAUACAUAUAUACACGUAUAUGUUUAAUUGUGUAGGCUAGUUAAUCCACAUUUAUUUUAGUACCACGAGAUAUGUACACCGUUUAUAAAUUAAUAAGAUAUUGUACAAAGCGUUCAAUCGACGAGAAAAAAUGUUUUAAUCCGAUGUUUUUAUUCCACUUAAUAAAGAAACUAUAA